AGAUGAUUAGAAAUUGGUUUCCACGUUGGGGUAAGGGAAUUUACGUGAAUACCGAACCGAAGCCAAGGAUAGACACAAACUGACCCUGCUCUUCACAAACCUCCUUUGUAGAUACACCUGUAGUAGAAGGACUUGAGCAACAGCAGCGACAAUGGCCACGACGUCGAAAGCCGAGAUGGAAGAUGUUCGGGAGGUGUUCGACUUGUUUGAUUUCUGGGAUGGUCGGGACGGUCUGAUCGACGCUGUCAAAGUGGGAGAUUUGUUACGGUGUGUCGGUUUGAACCCCACGGUCGAAAUGGCCAUUAAACACGGCGGAACGAAAAAAGCAGGCGAGAAGCAGCUUGCGUUUGAAGAGUUCCUGGCGAGUUACGAAGCCGUGAAGAAAGAGAAGGAUGUCGGUACUUACAAAGAGUUCGUUGAAGCGAUGAAAUCUUUCGACCGCGAGGGGCAGGGCUACAUCUCGGCGGCGGAGAUGCGACACAUGCUUACUGCAAUGGGGGAGAGACUGACGGACGCCGAGGUGGACGAGAUCAUCAGACUGACGGACACGAGGGAGGAUCUGGAGGGGAACGUUAAAUAUGAAGAUUUUAUUAACAAGGUUUUGAAAGGACCUGAUGGCAAGGACAUCUAAAGGAAGAAACCGGAAGAAGAACCUCAAGUACUACCAACUCGUGUAGUAAAGUCUGCUCCAAGAUAACUUCAUUUCAAACACGUCAAACAGGAAGGAUUUCGUUCUCAUAUUCUUGAUGUUUCGUUACAAGGAUAUCCUGCCGUUCGUUAAAAGGAUAUCCUGCUGUUCGUUACAAGGAUAGUCUUCUGUUCGUUACAAGGAUAGUCUGCUGUUUGUUACAAGGAUAGUCUGCUGUUCGUUACAAGGAUAGUCUGCUGUUCGUUACAAGGAUAGUCUGCUGUUUUCUACAGCCAGACGUUUGGUUCUACAUACUAUUCUCUUGGAUAUCGUUGCUUUAAUAAGCUGAACAAUAAAAUAAACGCAAAUAUUAAUUUAGUUUUUUUUAACUAAUUUAAAAUUAUUCUUUUUGAAUUCCAUUAGAUUUUGUAUCUGUUAAAAUGACUAAUGUCUGGUGGACAUUUUAGAACCAGUUUGAGAAAUAUUUUUGCAAAAUUAAUUGUAUCAUAAAAUAUAUAUAUAUUAAUAUUUUUUGCGUUUCUUUUGCUGUUCAGUAUAUAUUUGAUUGGUCUGCUUAGUCAAGAAUGUUUUGAUACAACCCUUCUUAAUCAAGAAUGUUUUCAUACAACCCUUCUUAGUCAAGAAUGUUUUGAUACAACCCUUCUUAGUCAAGAAUGUUUUGAUACAACCCUUCUUAGUCAAGAAUGUUUUCAUACAACCCUUCUUAGUCAAGAAUGUUUUCAUACAACCCUUCUUAGUCAAGAAUGUUUUCAUACAACCCUUCUUAGUCAAGAAUGUUUUCAUACAACCCUUCUUAGUGCAGCAAACACUUUUUAACUUGGUCAUUUAUACAUUUUACACUUUUGUAUCUUUAAAACAAAAAUAUUGGUACAACAAUAUAUAAAUCUUUAUGCCUAUUUUGUUAUUUAAGCAAAUUUUAAUGUGACCAUUGAAAACCGAAAUUGUUUAUACCUUGUUGCUAUAUAUAAAAACAGUUCUACUUGGUCUCAUAAAACAUUAUUAAAACAAACGUAAAUAUGAUCAGUGCUAAAAAACAGUUUUGACUUGUUACUUUAGGAAACAGUUGGUUAUACCUGAUUCUUAAAACAAGCUGUUCUACUUUGUUAAUUGCAUAAAGUGUUUGUUCUGUCUUCUACAUUGUGACACAUGUUGUUCUAGUUGACCAGUGUAACACAUUUAAAUCUGUUUUCUCACUGUAUUCUUCUUCGUCUUCCUGACUAUAACAUAUUUAUGUUCUACUGUUUCUACUUUAAUACAUUUUGUUCUACUUCCUGACUAUAGGACAUUUUGUCAUACGUCCUGACUAUAAAGUCUUGAUCUUUCUCGUUGUAACAUAUUCUGUUCUGAAACUAACAUUGUGUCCUACUUUAACGCUUAGGCAUUGUGUUUUACUUCUCACUGUAACCUACUGUUCUGUACUUUCUCAAGUCAGAUUCUUCUACUUUCUAGCUAACAUAGUUUCCUCUGCUUUCUCACUGUAAUAGAUUUUGUUCUACUUCAACACAUUUUGUUCUACUUCAUUGUAACACCUUUUGUUCUAUUUUUGGUUCUAAUUUCUUGCUGAAAAUUUAUUCUCUUUACUACCUCAAUAACAAAGACAACAUUUUCGAUCCAUAAUUUUAAUGCACGGAGGUUUGAGAAAAUGGGGUAAUUUUGUAUUAUGACAAUUAUGUAUCUUUGCAAUUUAAAUACACACAAUGUUUGAAAGAAAGUUGUCUUGGUGUUUACGCGAUGGUGGAUAUUAUCCAGCGUCACUUUUGCGAAUUUGCUCAUAAAUAUUGAAAUUCAAUAUAUUUAUUGUUUGUGGGAAGUUUUGUAAUUAAUUGAUAUUAGUGAAUACUUCGUUAAUCCUAGAUUAAAUUAGUGAGAUUUAUAAAGAGUGUGUAUAGUUUAAAUACGUAGCUUUUUAACCAAAUACGCAAUAGAUAAAACUGGAAUUUAUUUCGCUAAAUUACGUUGAGCCCACACAGAUUAUAUAUUAUUUUAAAAUUCGGUUCAUAGUGAUGCAUAUUGUAGAUAUGUUUUCGCAAAAAUCACCCAGUUUGAAAGACGUUUGUAAGCGUUAGCUUAUUUAAUUUAGUUUUAUUAUUUCGACAAUAUUUCAAAUCUCGUCACGUGACACUUGCAUGAGACUUCCUCCAUGGAUAAAAACGAUCACGUGACUUGACUAAUGAUUUAUGUUGAGGCUGUUGUGUUUUUGUAUGUUUUAAUUUAAAAUAAUCAAUAAUAAUAUAUUUAAAAAAGAAACCAGGAAUGGAGGGUGCCGCUAUGUGACCUAGUUGUUCCGCUGUCUGUUCGUCGUAUAAAUGUUUCUUGCUACUUAUGCUGUUAUCUUUACAUUUCUUCAUUUAAAAAAAAAAAAUCAUUCUUAAUUUUAUGCUUGUUUAUGCAAGUGUAUGCUUAAACUUAUACGUCAUCUCUUCACUCGUAUUAUGUAUAUAUUUCAGUAAUGGAAAUGGUACUCAUCUUGACAAAAUUUUAAUAUCAUUAUUAGUAAAUACAAAUGCGAAACAACGGCGUCUCGAAUGUUUGUUGUAUAUUGGGGACAAUGCUUUCCCUUUUCACCCCUCGUUUUAAAGUAAUAAUAAUAAUAUGUUACAUAUUACAAUAUGAAGUAUAAUAUUGUUUACAAUUCGAUUACAUUGACAGAGAUUGCGCCUUCCUUUAUGUAGUGCUUAAUAGCCAAUGUUCUCCUACCCACCCCACAUUUAUCACCCGCUCUUUUCAAAAUAAUGCUUAUUAAAGAAACUUGCGUGCGUUAUUUAAUAAAUUAUAUGUAUGCUUUGUAUAUGCAUAUAUUAUCUUUUGUAACACCUGUGGUGUUACGAUAUUAACAUUGUAUUAACUGUUCAUUUUAAAAAAAUAUAUAAGGAUAUUCGCUUUGUGUUUGUUUCAUUGUUUUGUUUACUAUGCAAAACUAUAUUAUCAUUGAACAGUUUUAUUUGAAUUUAUAAUGUUUUUAAGGAUGAAUGAACACAUGCUUUUAAAAUAUCUUUGUUAUUUUCACCUUAACGGCUAAAAAUAAACAAGAACUGAAAUCUGAAAAUAUAUAAUUUCCCAUUUAUGAAUUAUGAAUAACUCAAAAAUAAAAAAGAAACAAAUGGAAUACACAAAGCAAUCUGUUGUUAUUACUUUUGCAUUUUUGUGGUUGUUUGUGUUUUUUAAACUCAUUUAUAGCAUGAGAACACACCAAACAUUGAAAGUAAAUGUCUUUCAAUCAUUGAUAUUAUAAUAAAAGUUAUAUACCUUUUUUUAGUUAUUCGAUUGUUUCUUCUUUCCCAACCUCACACUAAAAACAAUAAAUUUAAAACAAUUUACAAGUGUUUAUUGCUACUACUGCAUUAAGUGUUUUGCAGUCCACAUUUCUGUUAACGUUCAUUAAUAGGUUAGCUUCACUUAUCGUGUUUUGCAUUAUGCUACUAAUUUUGUAUUAUAAAUUAUUUGUAAAUAUAUACCAUGUUGGCGCUCAAUAAAACAUUCCUGGAAAAAAAAA